AUAUCAAUUUGAUCUUGAUAAUAUUUAUUGUCAAUUAUGUCAAACAUUAUGAAGAGCGUUCUUGCGGAAAGUUUAAAAGGAUGCUUAAGGGAAUUGUUUUGCUUAAUGGACACUGACAUUGACGGUUAUUUAAAUUAUUAUGAAACGAAAGCUGCAUUGAAAGCCUUAGGUUUCACAGUAAAAAAGUCUUAUGUUUUAGCUAUUAUACGAAUGUAUGACAAACGUGGUUACAAUAAAAUCUCUUUCAACGAUUUUAAUUAUAUUGUGUCAGAAAAGUUAAGUAAACGAAAGCCUCUAGAUGAAAUUAAAUAUGUGUUCAAGUUAUUUAUAAGUGAGUCUGCAAAUGAUAAAAUAACAGUAGAAGAUCUGCAAGAAUUUAAUAAAAAGCUAGAUUGUAAUCUAACUAAUGAGGAAAUGGAGCUUAUGAUUAAUGAAUUUGAUUUGGAUCAAGAUGGUUCUAUUGAUCAAAGUGAAUUCCUGGAUAUUAUGACAGACUUCAAAAUUUAA